AUGUCACUCAGUCCUCCAAUUUACAAUCUUGCGCGCUCCUUUGAUGAGGCAGAUGACACAUCUGCCAGUGGAACAAGUCCAGCCCAGCUAAAUCUUCAACGUCUCUUUGAACAGUCAAUUAGCGGAGCUCCGGCAUCUAAAAAGGAUGCACAAAAACCUGCCGUCCCCGGACCCAAUUCUGUUGGCGCAGCUCCUAAGGGGAAGCCGCGUUUAUUACUCAUGGGUCAACGAAGGAGCGGAAAGUCAUCCAUCUCCAGUGUAGUCUUCCACAAGCUGCCCCCGAACGAGACUCUAUUCCUUGAAUCAACGGCUAGAAUUCAAAAGGACUCCAUGGCGUCAUUCAUGGAUUUCCAAGUCUGGGACUUCCCAGGCCAGAUCGACGUCUUUGAGAACCCAGGAUUUGAUAUUGAGGCCAUCUUCAGCGAGAUCGGUGCCCUCAUCUGGGUCAUCGACGCUCAGGAUGACUACCUCGAAGCCGUCAUGCGCCUCAAUACCACGAUCCUUUUUCUCCAGCGAACAUACCCCAACAUCAAUAUCGAGGUCUUCAUCCACAAGGUUGACGGCCUCUCAGAUGAUUACAAGCUCGAUAUUCAGCGCGAUAUCACCAUCCGUAUCCAAGAUGAGUUGUCAGACCACGGCUUUGAGAACGCCCCUGUCACCUUCCACCUAACCUCCAUUUAUAACCAUUCUAUUUUCGAGGCUUUCAGCAAGGUUAUCCAGAAGCUCAUUCCUCGCCUCGGAACGCUGGAAUCCAUGCUUACCAACCUCUGCCGCACGUGCCGUUUCGAGAAGGCAUACCUCUUUGAUGUGCUUACAAAGAUCUAUAUUGCCACGGACAGCGCAACUGCUGAUAUGGCGAGCUACGAGAUCUGCAGUGAUUACAUUGAUGUCAUCAUUGACAUAACCGAGGUCUAUGGUACGUGGCAGCGCAGUGAUGAAGGGCGUCGUCGUCUGGAGGGCGAACCUUGGAGCGCGCCUAUUGAUAAACAGAUUGGCUGCAACACUGCAGAAAGCUGUCUUGUCCUACACGACGGAAACAAGCCCAUCAUGCUGCGUGAGGUGGAUCGUUACUUGGCACUUGUUGCUAUUAUGAAGGAAGACUCGUACGAUAGCAUGCCCCUGGUCAACAUGAACGUCGAGGCCGUUGUUGAGGGAUUAACCGAAUUCUUCAACAUCACUAAGCCACGGCAGCAGUAA